UAAAAAAUCAAUCCCCUCCGUCCACCGCCCAUUUUUCUUCUUCUUCUUCUUGUCUUCCCUAAUCUUUAUCUAGCAUCACACAUUCACUCACAUCACUAUCACUAUCAUCACACAAUCUUUCAUCAGUGAUGGGCAAAGAAGGAAAAUGGAGCUGGACCUCGGCGGUGAUCGGAGCAGCCUCCGCGGUGGCAGCCACGGCGGUGCUAACCGCAAAACCCAAGGACCCAACGUUCCACCUCAUAUCCAUCAACUUCACCUCACUGAAACUCAACCUUCCCCUCCUCGACGCCGAGGUUCUCCUCACCGUUCACGUUACCAACCCUAACAUAGCUCCAAUCCACUACUCCUCCACCACCAUGUCAAUCUCCUACGCCGGCUCGCUUCUCGGCUCGGCUCACGUCGAGGCCGGUUCUCAGCCGCCGCGCUCCUGCCAGCUCCUCCGCCUCCCGGCUCGGCUUAAGGCUGUUGGGUUCGCGCAGCACGCCACGCGCUUCCUUGCCGAUGUGGCCAAGCGCGAGAUGCUCCUUGAUGCUGCUAUUGAAAUCGCCGGCACCGCCAGGGUGCUGUGGUGGGACCAUAAGUUCAAGAUCCACGUGGAUAGCCAUGUCACCGUUGAUCCAGUUUUCCUUGAUGUCAUCGAUCAGGAAAACACCGCCGAACUUGAACUCUUCGCCGCCGCGUGAGAAACAUUUAUUGGCUAAUUUAGAUGUAAUUGUAAGCACUUGGAAGUGGAUAUAACGCUUUAGUUAUUUUUUUCUUCCUUAAUGUUCUGAUUUUCUUCACAAGUUGGAUGAAUUUAAACAUGGUUUGAGAUUAGAGAAAAUGGUUCAUACA